UCAGUGAACUUCAUUUUCACCCCGGAAGUGACCACAGUUUGCUAACAAACUCUUUUCUUUGGGUUUGGUUAGUGUAACCUUUUUAACAUUUGGGAUAAGUCUUUGACCAUAACUUUCUCUCUGCAUUUUCUUGAGCCAAAAAAACAUUUUGUGGACUAAAAAUGCUCACACAUGCCAACUUAAACCGAUUUUUUUUUCCUUUUACUGGGCUUCUAUGCAACUGAUUGGAGCUUGUGUUUCUGUUCAGAUGUGUGCAAGCAAAAUAAUGCAUGUGUGUGAAAUAUUUAUGAACAUAUGUGCAUUUCCUAACUUUUGUAAUUCUUUUUUCAAGCUAUUCUUCGAGCAGAUCACAUCACAUGCCUUAUAGUCUUUAAAAGAAGAAUGCUGCACAACAUUUCACAGUAAAGAUGAGGAGCUGAGAGAUACUUCUGUUAUCUUAAAGCUAUAGAGGAACUCCUGAAGCAGCUGUACACUUCUAUUAGGCCUAGACAUUGAAAUAACUGGAAUUUUGUCUUCUUUGGAGAAACAGUAGAAAAUGCAAAACGAAAUAAUAAAGCCUGCUAAAUACUUCUCAGAAGUGGAGAAGAGUGUGCUGCUUGCAUUAGUUGAAAAGUACAAAUACGUGCUUGAAUGUAAAAAAAGUGAUGCAAGAACUAUUGCUCUGAAACAGCGCACCUGGCAAGCACUAGCUCAUGAAUAUAAUUCACAGCCCAGUGUAUCACUGCGAGACUUCAAACAGUUAAAGAAAUGCUGGGAAAAUAUCAAGGCACGGACAAAAAAGAUAAUGGCACAUGAAAGGCGGGAGAAGGUAAAAAGAAGUAUUAGUCCACUUAUAAAUACUCACAUCGUAGGGAAAGAGAAGAUUGGAAGCAUAAUGCCUGAGCAAAUGUACUUUUUGCAGAGCCCACCAGAAGAAGACUCUGAAUAUCAGCCUGAUGCUUCUAGUCAAGAGUCAUUUGUUGUGUCAAACAGAGACCUUUGUGAUGAAGACAAAGAGCUGGUACAUUUUCCAGUAUGCGAAGGUACCUCCCAGCCUGAGCCUUCAUGUUCUGAUGUCAGAAUAGCAGCAGAUAAGAACUACAGAAGUAAAGCAUCUCAGGAAAGUGCUCUGAAAAAGAUGCACGAGGAAGAACAUCAUCAGCAAAUGUCGAUUUUGCAACUCCAGUUAAUCCAAAUGAAUGAAGUUCAUGUUGCAAAGAUACAGCAAAUAGAAAGAGAGUGCGAGAUGGCUGAAGAAGAACACAGGAUAAAAAUGGAAGUGCUAAAUAAAAAGAAAAUGUAUUGGGAGAGAAAACUUCAGACCAUUACAAAAGAAUGGCCUGUAUCAUCCUAUAACAGACCCUUUCCUAAUUCACCUUAGAACAUAGAGGGGCAGAGAGUCAGUCUGGUUUAGCACAUUUAUGAGUAACACGCACUGGAAAGAGGGUUUUCUACUGUGAAUGUACAGUGACAGGAUAGGUGCCUGGCUGAUAGUGAACACACUAUGACUCUUAAUGUUUAGGGAAACAGUGGUAUAGUUCACCAAGAGGAAAACUCUAUUGUUUAUUUGUAGGUAGUUCUGAUUUAACUCACAGACAUGUGCAGUGUUCUAAAAUGUGAACAUAUUUUCUCCUCUCAGAACACCCUUGAUCCUUGUGAAGUUUAAGGUACUCUGGGUAUUCUUACACUGGGAGUUCUUAAGAAAACUUAACAGCUUUAAACAUCAGGCUGUAGUGUUUGUUUUGAUUUCUAUCUCUUCCUAUCUGCCAUUCCCAAAUGAAGGCAAGGGUUGGAGUUGCUGUCUGCUACUGAGACAAAGGUGAUGGACAGCUAUUACCUGGAUCACUAUGCUGAAGCUUAGGGAAAAUAAACUAGUUAAUACAGUCCAUAACUUACUCUUCAUAGAAGAUGUAAAAAUGAAGGACGUAGCAAGAGGGCCACUGUAGUAACAGCCCUCUCCUUCUGAAGAACAGUAAUAUUUCCCAGCUGUCUGGCUGACUGAGAGGAUAGUUGUGGAAUGGCCCUCCAGUUUUUGAACCUUGACACUUGAGAAGUUAAAAAGAAGGUGACUUCUUCCUCAAAAGCCACUGUGCUUGUUCUUUAAUUUCCAGGCCCAUCUUGUAUUGAAGUAGAGUACCCAAACAGGAGGGUCAAAUGCUGCUGCCAGCACUGUGUGCUGUUCACCUGAAGUCAUUCUGAGGGGAAGAGCUUUUUAAGAAUUCAUAAAGCUCUCAAAAUGCAGUGAGCCAGCCAGUCCAUUGGCAAAGCCUCCCUCUAUUUUCCUAUGCAAUACUUGAUGGUGUAGCAGCUAACUUGAUAAUUUCUCCUUAGCUAGAAGAAAAGACUAAGACUCACCCUCUUUUCCUUCUCAUAGGGUGGGAAGCAGUUCAAGGGAAUCAUUCCUGUCUUGAAGCACUGUUCUGUUUUGUUUUGUUCUGUCCUGUGCAUUAUGGUGGUGUGUUUCUUGCCUUUGCUGUCAGUGAGGGUUGAUGGACAUGAUUUAUAUGAAGGCAUUCACAUGAAAGUCCCCACAGAUUUUGGAUGUCCAGAAUGGUAGAUAGUAGGAAAGCACAAAUAAAGAUAGAUAAUCUUUACCUUGGCAAUCAUUUAUUCUAGUGGGGCAAGAGUUAAGAAAAUGUGAAAUGCAGAACCCCGCAAGGAUUCAUAAGAACUUCUGGUGUGUGAAAACCUGUUUUACAGGAAGGUGUACAACUGUCAUUUGAAGCAGUGAGAAAAAUUAACAAAACCAUACAUUUUCAUUGAAAAAUCGGAGUAUCACAUGAUUCAAUAAAAUAUUUUCAGAUCAUAA